GUGCUAGACACUGAAGGGUUCGUCCGGCCAUCCGGGCAAGUCACAACUCACUAGUCACCAGUAACUUUACCAAUCCGCGCCGGUGGUAACCCUGCCUUCGGCGGCGGCUAGCCGGUAUCCAGUGUGCGCACUCCCUCUAUCUCCCUCUUGGCGACGACUGGGCGGCCGUCGCUGCUGCCCUACGCCGUCUUCGGGCUCUUCGUUGUCGACGAGCGCCACAAGGUAAAGGUGUAUGGGCAUGUAUUAAGCCUACAAAAUUCGGUUGUUUCAAUCUGGGUAGAUGUGUACACCCAUGUCAUUUACUGGGUCGCCCUUGGUUCCACAGCCAUGAAAGGCCGCUUUGUCAAAUUGUGAAGAUAAUUUUGUGAAACACUUGAAGUUUCUACUGCUUGUUCCUACCAUUUUUAAGAAAAAAGAUCAAUGGAGGCAGCUUUGUCAUUCUCCAAGGACAGCCCACCAAUUUCGAUAAUUUGUGCUGCAAAGAUUGUGGGUCUACCCCUAACCAUCAAUCAUAGCCUCGCUGCUGGCUCGGCACCCACCCUACAGUUUGCUUCUGGAGAAUCACUCCAUGGUGUCAACCCAAUCAUCCUCUACAUUGCUAGAGGUGCAUCAAUUGCCUCCUUAUCUGGAAAGAAUGAUAUUGAGUUUGGGCAUGUUGUUGAAUGGCUUGAAUAUGCCCCCACCUUCCUUUCAGGCUCUGAAUUUGAAAAUGCAUGCUUAUUUGUUGAUGGAUUCUUGGCCUCCCGGACCUUUCUGGUUGGUCAUGGCCUGACAAUUGCUGACAUUGCAGUUUGGUCAAAUCUUGCUGGAAUUGGUCAGCGGUGGGAGAGUCUAAGGAAAUCAAAGAAAUACCAAAAUCUUGUUCGCUGGUUCAACAGCAUAGAUUCAGAAUACAAAGAGGCACUGAACGAAGUUGUGGCUGCAUUUGUUGGGAAACGAGGUAUUGGAAAAUCUCCUGCACCUAGCCUUAAGGAGAAGGUACAUGACUCAAAGGACCCAUCAGCUCCAGAAGUUGAUCUCCCUGGUGCAAAAGUUGGGAAAGUCUGCGUUCGUUUUGCCCCAGAGCCUAGUGGUUACCUCCAUAUUGGGCAUGCAAAGGCUGCACUAUUGAACAAAUACUUUGCUGAAAGAUAUCAAGGGCGCUUAAUAGUUCGAUUUGAUGACACAAACCCUUCAAAAGAAAGCAAUGAGUUUGUUGAGAAUCUUUUGAAAGAUAUUGAGACGUUGGGGAUCAAAUAUGAUGCUGUCACAUACACAUCUGAUUAUUUCCCAAAGCUAAUGGAAAUGGCUGAGAGUUUGAUAAAGCAGGGUAAAGCAUAUAUUGAUGACACACCAAAGGAGCAAAUGAGGAAAGAGAGGAUGGACGGUAUUGAGUCAAGGUGCAGAAAUAAUACCGUGGAGGAAAAUCUCUCAUUAUGGAAAGAGAUGGUUAAUGGAACUGAAAGGGGCAUGCAGUGCUGUGUACGGGGUAAACUUGACAUGCAGGAUCCUAACAAGUCACUCAGGGAUCCUGUUUACUACCGCUGUAAUACUGAUCCACACCAUCGUGUUGGUUCGAAGUACAAGGUCUAUCCAACAUAUGACUUUGCGUGCCCAUUUGUCGAUGCAUUGGAGGGGGUAACCCAUGCUCUUCGUUCCAGUGAAUAUCAUGACAGAAAUGCACAAUAUUAUCGAAUUCUUCAAGACAUGGGGUUGAGGAGAGUGGAAAUUUAUGAAUUCAGCCGAUUGAAUAUGGUUUACACUCUUCUAAGCAAGCGAAAGCUUCUUUGGUUUGUACAAAACAAGAAGGUCGAAGAUUGGACAGACCCACGUUUUCCCACUGUCCAAGGCAUAGUACGUCGGGGCUUGAAGGUUGAUGCAUUGAUACAGUUUAUACUCCAACAGGGUGCUUCAAAAAAUCUGAAUCUCAUGGAAUGGGAUAAACUCUGGACAAUCAACAAGAAGAUAAUUGAUCCAGUGUGCGCAAGGCAUACUGCUGUGCUAAAAGACCAGCGUGUCAUCUUUACUCUUACAAAUGGUCCAGAGGAGCCAUUUGUUCGAAUUUUACCAAGACAUAAGAAAUUUGAGGGUGCUGGAAAGAAGGCUACAACCUUUGCCAACAGAAUUUGGCUCGAUUAUGCUGAUGCGGCAGCUAUUAGCAAGGGUGAGGAAGUAACCCUUAUGGAUUGGGGGAAUGCUAUUGUUAAAGAGAUCAAGGUGGAGAGUGGAGUAAUUACUGAACUAGUUGGAGAACUGCAUCUUGAGGGGUCUGUGAAAACAACAAAAUUGAAGAUCACAUGGCUAGCAGAUAUAGAGGAGCUAGUUCCCCUUUCAUUGGUUGAAUUUGAUUACCUCAUCAGCAAGAAAAAGCUAGAGGAAGACGAGGACUUCCUCGACAAUCUCAACCCUUGCACUCGACGGGAAAUCCCAGCCCUUGGAGAUGCGAACAUGAGGAACAUCAAGCGUGGAGAGGUCAUACAGCUCGAGAGGAAAGGCUACUAUAGGUGUGAUGCCCCUUUUAUCAGAUCGUCCAAACCGGUGGUCCUGUUUGCGAUCCCAGAUGGCAGGCAGCAGGCCUCGCUUAGCUAGGCAUGGUGACCACCUUUUGGGCACAUGGAAUUCCUGAGUUGGCGAUGAGUAUUGUUGCAUUGUACACUUUAAUAUUGUACUGUGAUUAGGCUUUACUCGCGGUGGAUGUCUUUCACCGCUAGAUGGCCAGAGGCAUAUCCUGCCAACCAAGCAGAGCAGCCAUUUUGAUUUUGGUCUAUGAUACUUUUACCUGCGCUUGAAUAUUCCUAUACUUCUCUAGCA